UACAGAGCCCGCUCUCUCUCUCUCUCUCUCUCUCUCUCUCUAAACCCCAAUUCAGGGCUAGUGUUUACGUUUUAGGAUUUCACGACAAGAUGGAAGCUGCGGUGGUCGAUGUUGGCACCAAGCUUCUCAAAGCGGGACCCGCCGUUCCCGAUCAGGCUCCGGCAAUGAUAAUUCCCAACCAAAUGAAACGCAUCCCUGAGGAUGGAUCGAUGAAUGAUAAUUCAUCACUUGAAGAUUUCAUUGUUGAGCCUGUUGUGCGGGGUUUUAUUAAAGAUUGGGAUGCCAUGGAAGAUCUGUUGCAUCAUAUUCUAUACACUGGUCUGGGAUGGGAAAUAGGCAAUGAAGGGCAGAUACUUUUUACUGAUCCACUUUAUACUCCCAAGGCUGCCAGAGAACAGUUGGUACAGCUGAUGUUUGAAACUUUUAACAUAUCGGGCUUCUAUGCAUCAGAGCAAGCAGUAUUGUCACUUUAUGCUGUAGGACGUAUCUCAGGAUGCACUGUUGAUAUAGGGCAUGGGAAGAUUGAUAUUGCACCAGUAAUUGAAGGGGCGGUUCAGCAUAUUGCCUCAAGAAGGUUUGAACUUGGAGGUAUUGAUUUGACAAAGUUACUUGCUGAAGAGCUUGGGAAAUCCAAUCCUUUGGUGAAUUUCAAGAUGUCUGAUGUGGAGAAAAUAAAAGAGCAAUAUUCAUGUUGUGCUGAUGAUGAGCUUGCUUAUGAAAAGAUUAAGAGAUCUUGCCAGACAGAAAAACAUACCCUUCCUGAUGGACAGGUCAUUACAAUUGGAAGAGAAAAGUAUACUGUUGGCGAGGCUUUAUUCCAACCAUCUAUACUGGGUUUAGAGGCUCAUGGAAUUGUUGAACAGCUUGUUCGUUGUAUUUCAACAGUAUCCUCGGAUAAUCACCGGCAAUUGUUGGAAAAUACGGUACUGUGUGGUGGCACUGCUUCUAUGACUGGUUUUGAAGAAAGGUUUCAGAAAGAAGCUGGUCUGUGCUCAUCUGCUGUUCGCCCUGCUUUAAUUAAGCCCCCAGAGUACAUGGCAGAGAACUUGACAAACUAUUCAGCGUGGGUGGGCGGUGCAAUACUUGCCAAAGUUGUGUUUCCACAGAAUCAGCAUGUUACCAAAGCAGACUAUGAUGAAAAUGGCCCUUCAGUUGUUCACCGGAAAUGCUUUUAAUCAUUUGUAUGUUUGAGUUCCUGAAGUCUAGUGCAGUUUAAUUAGUUUACAUGUACUGUAAUAUCUGAUAAUAGAAGAAAAACAUGUAAACUAAUUGCAGGAAUGUAGUGAUUUCAUUCACAUUAAUUGAAAGAUUCAAUGACCUGUUGUGAACAUCAUUUAAGCGAAAGUGGCAUGGUACUGUCAUCUCACCUUUGUUUUGUGUU